UAUCAUUCCUUGCGGAUCCUCCUAAAUCUGAAUAGCUUUAUCUUCAGUGCUUUUGAGUGCUGGGCCAUUUCUCCAUUUGACCCCGCAACUUUCACCAAAGACAUCCUCAUCUCAACUUUUCCCCAAGCCGUUAUCGCUAAUUGUAACCUCAUCGCCAUGGCCGAGAUAAAAAAAUUCGACUUGGGUAACUUUGUCCUCAAGUCUGGUGUCACGAUCCCAAGUGCCUACAUCGCCUACAAGACCUUCGGGAAUCCCGCAAACCCAGCCAUCAUUUAUCCAACAUGGUAUAGCGGCCUUAUCUCGGACAACGAAUGGCUGGUUGGCAGCGGCAUGGCUUUAAACCCUGAGACAUAUUUCAUCAUCAUCCCAGCACUGUUCGGCAACGGUCAAUCGAAGAGUCCCUCUAACAGCCCCGAACUCCGGCCAUUUCCUAAUGUCACCUUCUUCGACAAUGUGGCUGCGCAGUAUCGUCUUGUGACAGAAGAACUAGGCGUAAAACACGCGAGAUGCGUUCUAGGCUGGAGUAUGGGGGCCGGGCAAACGUACCAGUGGAUCACCCAAUACCCGAACUUCGUGGACCUGGCCGUUCCGUUCUGCGGGAGCGCUAAGACCAGCUUGCAUAACCAAGUCUUCCUCGAAGGCGUCAAGAGUGCAGCAUUGGCAGCUAAAGGAGCUAGUUCCGCCGGAAGCUGCCAGGGAGAGGCCAUCUCACGCUCGCAGUACCGGGGAUGGACAACUGAAGAGCGUGAGAAUGGACUCAAAGCUCUUGGUCGGGUAUAUGCAGGGUGGGGAUUCAGCCAAGCAUUUUAUCGCGAGAGGCUUUACGAGACAGCGCUCGGUUAUGAAGACCUCGAAGAUUUCAUGACUAAAUUCUGGGAAGGCUGGGCAACAUCUAAAGACCCAGAGAACAUGUUGACGAUGCUACAUACGUGGCAAGCUGGGGACUGCUCAGACCAAGAACCCUACAAUAAAGAUUUCAAGUUGGCAAUGAAGAGUAUCAAGGCUAAGACCCUCGUUCUUCCUUGUAAGACGGACUUGUAUUUUCCCCCAGAGGAUUCCGAGAAUGAAGUUCUUAAUAUGUCGGAUGGAAUUGGAAAGUGUAUUCCUUUCCCGUCGAUUUGGGGCCAUUGGGCGGGCGGUCCAGGACAAAGUAAGGAGGACGUUAAAUGGUUAGAUAAUAAGCUUAAGGAGUUUUUGUUGUAAAAUCCAAUUGACAUUUAGGGUUAGGGUUAGGG